AUGCUCACCCGUGACCUUAAGAAGUCCACCGAUAACCUCGUUGUUCAUGGCAAACUUAUUGUCAAUCUCUCCACCAAUUUAACCGCCCCUCCACCCACUCAGCAGAACAGACCUGCACCAAGCACCGCUUCCAGCGUCAACGGCUCCAACCCAUACCCUAGCAACACCAACUUGAAUCAAACCAUCCCCGUCCGUACUAGGAGCCCUGCCCCUUCUCGAACGGCCACUUCUGGCUCGGGAGAAGCAAGAGCCUCUGCCACAGCUCUUAACGGCUCCGGCCCACAAUCGCAGUCCAACGGCCCUUCCGGAAGACAAGGCGGUUUCAGCUCCUUUGAGGACAGCCAAGGACGUUUGCCUGCCGGUUGGGAGCGUCGAGAAGACAAUCUAGGUCGAACGUACUAUGUCGAUCAUAACACGAGGACUACCACCUGGACCAGGCCAUCAAACCAUCUGAGCGAAUCCGAGGCUAGAAAUCGUGUCGAAGCAAACAUGCAGAUAGAACGACAACGGCAUCAGAAUCGUAUGCUGCCAGAGGAUCGUACUGGCGCCAACUCACCCAAUCUGCAAGAUUCCAGAGGAGGCUCGCCUUCUCAGCCCAACGCCGUGCAGAUGAUGGCCACCGGUGCUACCACUGCUGGAACUGGUGAACUCCCAGCUGGCUGGGAGCAAAGGCAUACCCCCGAAGGCCGAGCUUACUUUGUUGAUCACAAUACUCGAACCACUACCUGGGUCGAUCCUCGACGACAGCAAUACAUUCGCAUGUACGGUAAUAACCCCGCAGGCAACAAUACCACCAUCCAACAACAGCCGGUGUCGCAGUUGGGUCCGCUACCCAGUGGUUGGGAAAUGCGUCUUACCAACACUGCUCGUGUUUACUUCGUGGAUCACAACACAAAGACCACCACCUGGGACGACCCACGGCUGCCAUCUUCUCUCGAUCAAGGUGUACCACAGUACAAGCGCGACUUCCGGCGAAAAUUGAUCUAUUUCCGAUCCCAGCCGGCACUGCGCAUUCUUUCUGGACAGUGCCAUAUCAAAGUCCGACGUGGCGCAAUCUUCGAAGAUUCCUAUGCUGAGAUUAUGAGGCAAAGUGCCACUGAUCUCAAGAAGAGACUGAUGAUCAAAUUUGAUGGUGAGGACGGUCUCGACUAUGGCGGUCUUUCUCGCGAAUUCUUCUUCCUUCUCUCGCACGAAAUGUUCAAUCCAUUCUACUGCUUGUUCGAAUACUCUGCGCAUGAUAAUUACACCUUGCAAAUAAACCCCCAUUCCGGUAUCAACCCGGAACAUCUCAACUACUUCAAGUUUAUUGGCCGAGUCGUCGGACUUGCUAUUUUCCAUCGUCGCUUCCUGGAUUCCUUCUUCAUCGGUGCAUUCUAUAAAAUGAUGCUACGAAAGAAAGUUGCAAUCAAUGAUAUGGAAGGUGUCGAUGAAGAGUAUCAUAAAAACUUAACCUGGACCCUGGAUAACGAUAUCACCGAUAUCCUGGAUCAGACUUUUGCCAUUGAAGACGAGCAGUUUGGUGAGACCAAGACGAUCGACUUGAAGCCUGGUGGAAGAGACAUUCCCGUCACAAACGAAAACAAGAGAGAAUAUGUUGAGCUUGUUACUGAAUGGAAGAUUCAAAAGCGAGUCGAAGAGCAGUUCAAUGCUUUCAUUACCGGAUUCAAUGAGUUGAUUCCGGCCGACCUGGUCAACGUUUUCGAUGAACGUGAACUUGAAUUGCUUAUUGGCGGAAUUGCUGAUAUAGAUGUUGAGGACUGGAAGAAACAUACCGAUUAUCGUGGUUAUCAAGAACAAGACCAAGUCAUUCAAGACUUCUGGAAAGUUAUUCGGACAUGGGAUGCUGAACAGAAGAGUCGUCUUCUGCAAUUUGCGACAGGAACUUCGCGUAUUCCUGUCAAUGGUUUCAAAGAUUUGCAGGGCAGUGAUGGACCCAGACGUUUCACCAUCGAGAAGGCCGGUGAAAUCAACGCCCUUCCGAAAAGUCAUACUUGCUUCAAUCGUCUCGACUUGCCUCCGUACAAGACCUAUGAGGUGCUCAACAGCAAGCUAUCAACCGCUGUGGAGGAAACAUUAGGAUUCGGCCAAGAAUAG